AUGAAGGAGAUUGACGAAGAAGUUUUACAGAAUCCGGAAUUGUAUGGGUUAAGAAGGUCUCAUCGUGCAGUUGCUCAUCGUCCCUAUGUUGAUGACGAGGAAGAUGAGGACGAUGUUCCUGUGAAGACACGUAAGAGGAGGUCCGCAUUGGUUGACGAUGAGGAUGACGACGACGAAAACGCAAAUGAUGAUAUAAGCGAUGACUACGAUGACUAUGACAAUGAUUCGGCAGCGGACGAUGACGAUGACGAGGAUGGAGAUGACGACGACAUGGACGAGGAUGACGAUGACGAUUAUCGCGGGUCACCUCAGAAGAAGAGAUCCUCGCGUGGCUCAGGACGCGGUAACUCCUACAAAAAGAAGACAGCGGCUACCAGAAAUGUGAAAAGAGAGAAACAAGUAGCAAUUCCAACGCGGUUUUCUUCAAGAGCCAAUAAACAGGUCAAUUACAACAUCGAUUACUCUGACGACGAUUUACUAGAAUCAGAGGAAGAGUUUGACUCCGAUGAGGAUGAACUAUUGGAUGAAGAUCAAGAGUCACGUGCGAGGUCGAAUACACCACCGCAGGAGGAUGUACAUGGUAUUGACAUGGUUAUUACACAUAGAAUUAAAGAGGGUUCAGAUAAGGAGCACUUAGCAAAGAUUGUACCAGAACUUAAUGUUUGCAAAGAAAACUACGAGUUUCAAAUUAAAUGGACCGACCAAUCGCAUUUGCAUAACACUUGGGAGACAUAUGAAAGUCUUGCAGGUGUAAAAGGUAUCAAGAGGCUUGAUAACUACUGUAAACAAUAUAUUAUACAGGAGCAGCAAGUUCGUUUAGAUCCUUACAUUACUCCAGAGGAUAUUGAAAUAAUGGAUAUGGAACAUGAGAGACGUCUAGAUGAACUGCAGGAGUUUACCAAUCCUGAGAGAAUCAUCGAUAGCCAGAGAGUCGAACUGGAAGAUGGCACGUCACAGUUACAAUAUCUAGUGAAAUGGCGUCACUUGAAUUAUGAUGAAGCAACAUGGGAAGAUGCUGCUGAAAUAGUAAAAAUUGCACCCGAACCUGUGAAACAUUUCCAAAGCAGGCAGAACUCUAAAAUCCUUCCACAAUAUUCUAGUAAUUAUACCUCAGAGAGACCCAGGUUUGAAAAACUUAGUGUCCAACCCCCAUUUAUUAAGGGUGGUGAAUUAAGAGACUUCCAAUUGACUGGUAUCAAUUGGAUGGCUUUCCUAUGGUCCAAGAAUGAUAACGGUAUAUUGGCCGAUGAAAUGGGUCUUGGUAAAACAGUUCAAACUGUAGCAUUUAUAAGUUGGCUGAUAUUCGCCAGAAGACAAAACGGUCCACAUUUAGUUGUUGUACCGUUAUCUACUAUGCCAGCGUGGAUUGAAACUUUCGAAAAAUGGGCUCCAGAUAUCGAUGUGAUAUGCUACAUGGGCAAUCAAAAAUCCAGAGAUAUUGAACGGGAAUAUGAGUUUUACUCUAAUCCAAAAGGUAAAGGAAAAAAACAGAUUAAAUUUAAUGUUCUAAUGACAACAUAUGAAUACAUUCUGAAAGAUAGAGCAGAACUGGGAAGUAUAAAAUGGCAAUUUCUAGCAGUUGAUGAAGCGCAUAGACUUAAGAAUGCUGAAUCGUCACUGUACGAGUCUCUAAAUAGUUUCAAGGUUGCGAACAGACUACUGAUCACUGGUACACCACUACAAAAUAAUAUCAAAGAACUUGCUGCCCUUGUUAAUUUCUUAAUGCCUGGAAGAUUCACCAUUGAUCAAGAAAUUGAUUUCGAAAACCAAGAUGAAGAACAAGAGCAAUACAUUCGUGAUUUGCAUAAGAGGUUACAACCGUUCAUUCUAAGACGUCUGAAAAAAGAUGUUGAAAAGUCAUUACCUUCAAAAACGGAAAGAAUUCUUCGUGUUGAAUUGUCAGAUGUACAAACCGAAUACUAUAAAAAUAUCUUGACUAAAAAUUACUCAGCAUUGACAGCAGGAGCCAAAGGUGGGAGAUUUUCAAUGCUAAACAUUAUGAAUACUUUAAUGAAAGCGUCUAACCAUCCAUAUCUAUUUGAUUCUGCGGAGGAGAAAGUUCUAGAGAAAUUCGGGGCAGGAAAUAUGUCGAGAGAGAAUAUUUUGAGAGGCUUAAUUAUGUCUUCAGGUAAAAUGGUGCUUUUAGACAAACUUUUAACUAGACUGAAAAAGGAUGGCCAUAGAGUACUUAUAUUUUCUCAAAUGGUCCGAAUUUUGGAUAUUCUAGGAGAUUAUCUUUCUAUCAAAGGUAUAAAUUUCCAGCGUCUUGACGGUACCGUGCCUUCAAAUCAAAGAAGAAUUGCUAUUGAUCAUUUCAAUGCACCGGGUUCUGAUGAUUUUGUUUUCUUACUUUCCACAAGAGCUGGUGGUCUUGGUAUCAACUUAAUGACUGCCGAUACAGUCAUCAUUUUUGACUCGGAUUGGAAUCCACAGGCCGAUUUACAGGCUAUGGCAAGAGCUCAUCGUAUUGGUCAAAAAAAUCAUGUUAUGGUUUACAGAUUAGUAUCUAAGGAUACUGUAGAGGAAGAAGUCCUUGAAAGAGCUAGGAAGAAAAUGAUUCUAGAGUAUGCUAUUAUCUCCCUUGGUGUUACAGAUGGUAACAAGUAUACAAAGAAAACCGAGCCCUCUGCUGGUGAAUUAUCCGAAAUUCUAAAAUUUGGUGCAGGCAAUAUGUUUGCUGCAAAGGAUAAUCAAAAGAAGUUGGAAGACUUAAAUCUAGACGAUGUUUUAAGCCAUGCUGAAGAUCAUGUCACUACACCUGAUCUUGGAGAGUCUCACCUUGGUGGUGAAGAAUUUUUGAAGCAGUUCGAAGUUACUGACUAUAAAGCGGAUGUUGAUUGGGACGAUAUUAUUCCUGAAGAAGAACUAAAGAAACUACAAGAUGAAGAGCAGCGACACAAGGACGAGGAAUACGUCAAAGAGCAGCUAGAGAUGAUGAAUAGAAGAAACAACGCUUUGAAGAAGAUAAAAGAUAGUGUAAAUGGUGAGGGAUCUACCGUUACAUCUGAUGAUGAAGAUGGCAGGUCUUCUCGUAGAAGAGCUAAAACCAACGAUCUAAAUUCUAUAGGCGACUCUGAGGUAAGGGCUCUAUACAGGGCAGUUCUUCGCUUUGGUGAUGUUACUGAUAAACUUGAUGAACUUAUAGCAGAUGGGACAUUGCCGGUAAAAUCUAUCGAGAAGUAUAAAGAAAUCUUGGAAGAGCUACUUGAUGAAGCCAAGAGCAUAUAUGAAGAAGAAGAUACCAAGAGAACACAAACGCUUCGGGAAUUUGAAGCAGCUGCCCAUGAAUACAAGAUGAAGCUGAAGACCGGUGAAAUCAAGGCUGAGGAACAAGAGAAGGAUAAUCCAAUAACUAGGUUGACGAUGAAACGUAGGGAGAAGAAGGCAAUCCUAUUUACUUUCCACAAAGUUAAGUCUUUGAAUGCGGAAUCCAUUGUCAACAGGUGCAGAGAUCUAGAGUUUGUAAACAAUUAUUUCAAGACGCAUUUCAAGAAUGACCCACUUGAGUUCAAGUUCGACAAAGCACAUCCUAAGCCGGUGACCAACUGGAACUGUGACUGGAACCAAAUGGAUGACGAGAAAUUGAUGGUUGGUAUCCAUAAGUACGGUUACGGUGCGUGGGCCCAAAUACGUGAUGACCCGUUCUUGGGACUAACCAACAAGAUAUUCCUGAGCGAUGUGAGUUCAGCGGCCACAGAUAAAGUCAAGGAGGAAGUGAAACAAGAGACACCAGAUGCCACAGGUGGCAAGAGGUCCAAGGGCAGAGAGAGCAAGAAAGUACCUGGUGCACUGCACCUCGGCAGAAGAGUUGACUAUCUGAUAGAUUUCUUACAGAACGACGGCAAGCCCACCACUGGUGCCAGCGGCUCAUCCAGUAUAUCAGAGUCAUCCAGAAAGACUGCUGCUAAUCCAAGGAAGCGUAACCGCAAACCCAACAAUACCAGCUCCUUCUCGGAGACCAGUGCCUCUGGCACACCUGAGCUGGGCAAGCUCGACUCACCGGGCCAACCCACCAAACGUAUAAAGGCACUGCCAAAGGGCCCAGCCUCGCUGGUGUCACGCAACAAGAAGACCAACUCACCGCAGAGAGAUGGCAACAAGGAGAACGAAAACGGCACAAGUGGCGCGCAUGCGAAGGAAUACGACUCCAUGGACGAGGAAGAGUGCAGACAUACGAUGACCUCGAUGAGAUCCUCUCUGAAGCGUUUAAGACGUGGUGGCAAAGGCCUAGACAGGAGAGAAUGGGCCAAGAUCCUAAAAUCAGAGCUCACAGCCAUCGGUGACUACAUCGAAGCCCAGGCGAAGAAGAACAAGAACCCGGACCGCCACAGGAAACACCUCUGGUCCUACAGCUCAAACUUCUGGCCAGCAGCAGUGAAGAGCGCAAAGCUAAUGGAAAUGUACAAGAAGAUAACAAGCGCAGAGAAGUAA